AUCUAAAGUUGCUUCAAAGCAGUGUAUGCAUACUCUGUUACUGAUCUGCGUUUUUCUCCGGUCAAAUUCCGACAAUAGCAGAAAUGGAAAGGAAGUACAACCAUAGAAGCCGAGUCAAAGCAGACUUGGCUGCAAUAUUACGGAAAUCGUGGUAUCAUUUAAGAUUAUCGGUACGGCACCCGGCCAGGGUUCCGACGUGGGAUGCAAUUGUGCUCACGGCGGCGAGUCCUGAACAAGCUCAGCUCUAUGAAUGGCAGCUCAAGAGAGCCAAACGCAUGGGUCGCAUCGCCGAUUCCACUGUAACACUCGCUGUUCCCGAUCCCCAUGGCCAGCGAAUCGGUUCUGGUGCUGCUACUCUUCAUGCCAUUUUGGAACUUGCUAAACAUUACCAACAGCUUUCUCUCGAAUCUCAGUGCAGAAAUUCUCAGAGGAAAGAACCUUCUCCAUCAUUUAUCGACUUGAUUGCCAAAAAACACAUCUUAUUACUUCAUGCUGGAGGUGAUUCUAAAAGGGUACCAUGGGCAAAUCCUAUGGGAAAAGUGUUUCUGCCACUUCCUUAUUUGGCAGCUGAUGACCAAGAUGGACCAGUUCCCCUGCUCUUUGAUCACAUCCUUGCUAUUGCAUCUUGUGCAAGACAAGCUUUUGAGAAUGAAGGUGGGAUGCUUACAAUGACUGGGGAUGUUCUUCCUUGUUUUGAUGCCUCAACUAUGGUUAUGCCGAAGGAUGCAUCCUGCAUUGUGACUGUCCCUAUUACGCUGGACGUUGCUUCCAAUCAUGGUGUUAUAGUUGCAGCAAAAUCUGGGAUUUCAAAUGAUACUUAUUCCAUCAACUUGGUGGAGAAUCUGCUUCAGAAACCUUGCUUGGACGAGCUUGUUAGGCACCAAGCUAUUCUGGAUGAUGGUAGAACAUUGCUUGAUACUGGGAUAAUAGCAGUUAGAGGUCAGGCAUGGCUAAAUCUAGUAAAACUUGCCUGUUCGAGCCAAUCAAUGAUCUCAGAACUUCUGGAAAAGAAAAAAGAGAUGAGUUUGUAUGAAGACCUUGUAGCCGCUUGGGUACCAGCAAAGCACGAAUGGUUGCGAUCCCGCCCUUUGGGUGAUGAACUUGUCAACAGUUUGGGAGAACAAGAGAUGUUCAGCUAUUGUGCUUGUGAUCUAUUAUUCUUACAUUUUGGAACAUCUAGUGAAGUUCUAGACCACAUGAGUGAAACUGGUGCUGGACUUGUUGGUCGAAGGCACCUCUGUUCUAUUCCAGCAACUAAUGUUUCUGAUAUCGCUGCCUCAGCUAUUAUCCUUUCCAGUAAAAUAGAGCCAGGAGUCUCUAUAGGAGAAGACUCUCUCAUUUAUGAUUCCUUCAUUUCUGGUGGUAUACAGAUUGGUUCCCAGUCUAUUGUUGUUGGUGUUAAUGUGCCAGCAGCCAGUGAUAUGACAGAAAAGGUACCAUUCAGAUUUAUGCUUCCAGAUCGUCAUUGCUUUUGGGAGGUUCCUUUAGUGGAACACACGGAAAGAGUUAUUGUGUACUGUGGCAUCCAUGAUAACCCAAAGAUUCCACUCUCAAAUGGUACCUUUUGUGGAAAACCCUGGAGGAAGGUUUUAGAUGAUCUAGGCAUUCAAGAUACUGAUCUGUGGAUCUCAGAGAAUACUCUGGAAAAAUGCUUGUGGAAUGCCAAAAUAUUCCCUAUUCUUCCAUACUUUGAAAUGCUCACCUUGGCGUCAUGGUUAAUGGGCUUGGACAACCAAAGAAAUGAAACACUGCGUUCUUCAUGGAAGCGGUCCCAGCGGAUUAGUUUGGAGGAGUUGCAUAAAUCCAUCAACUUUCCACACAUGUGUUUAGGUUCUAGUAAUCAUCAGGCUGAUUUAGCUUCAGGGAUUGUCGAUGCUUGCCUUAACUUCGGCUUACUUGGCCGCAACUUAAGUCAGUUGUGCCAAGAGAUUCUUCAAAAGGAAUCAACCGGAAUUGAAGUUUGCAAAGGAUUUCUAUCCCAUUGCCCAAAUCUUCAAGCGCAAAAUUCAGCAAUCCUUCCUAAGAGCAGGGCAUAUCAAGUUCAUGCUGAUCUGCUACGAGCGUGCGGCAAUGAAGAGAUGGCACUUGAAACUGAGCAAAAAGUAUGGGCUUCCAUUGCUGAUGAAACUGCGUCUGCUGUGAGAUACGGGUUCAAAGAAAACUUAGCAGGGUCUUCCAGUUGGUUCUCUAUCGCAUCAAAUCCUGGUAAUACUAGUGGUUGUUGCGGUGAGUCUUUCCACCAUAGGACGGUGAAGAUUGAACUACCUGUUCGAGUGGAUUUUGUUGGGGGUUGGAGUGAUACACCUCCUUGGAGUCUAGAGCGUGCUGGUUGCGUUCUGAACAUGGCAAUAACAUUGGAAAAUUCUCUUCCUAUUGGCACAGUGAUAGAGAUAGAGAAAGGGACUGGGAUAUUUAUUAGUGAUGAUGUUGGAAACCAGUUAUCAAUUGAAGAGCUAUCAUCUAUUGCCCUUCCAUUUGAAAUCAGUGAUCCAUUUCGUCUUGUAAAAUCUGCAUUGCUUGUAACCAGUGUUAUCCAUGAAAAGAUCCUUCAAUCAGUGGCCCUGCGAAUCAGGACUUGGGCCAAUGUUCCUAGGGGCAGUGGCUUGGGAACUUCUAGCAUCUUAGCAGCAGCCGUUGUUAAAGGGCUUUUACGUAUUACUGAUGGAGACGAAAGUAACGAAAAUGUCACAAGACUUGUUUUAGUCCUAGAACAGCUCAUGGGCACAGGAGGUGGUUGGCAAGAUCAAAUUGGAGGUCUAUAUGCUGGCAUUAAAUUUACUGCAAGUUUUCCCGGAAUACCAUUGCGGCUUCAAGUCAUUCCCCUCUUGGCUUCCCCUCAGUUAAUAAAGGAGUUGCAGCAACGGCUUCUUGUAGUUUUCACUGGUCAAGUUCGACUUGCACACCAAGUGCUGCAUAAGGUGGUUACUCGUUACCUUCAACGAGACAACCUACUUGUUUCAAGUAUCAAGCGCCUCACUGAACUUGCAAAGAUUGCUAGAGAAGCUUUAAUGAGUUGCGACAUUGAUGCCCUUGGGGACAUAAUGCUGGAGGCAUGGAGAUUACAUCAGGAGCUGGAUCCUUUCUGCAGCAAUGAGUUUGUCGAUAAACUUUUCGCAUUCUGUGAUCACUAUUGCUGUGGAUACAAGCUUGUAGGUGCAGGUGGUGGGGGUUUCGCCUUGUUAUUGGCAAAAAGUGCUGAGUCAGCUGAGGAACUGAGACAUUCACUCGUGAAUACUUCUGAUUUUGACGUGAAAAUCUAUGAUUGGAAAAUCUUCUUGGAGAACUAGCUGAAGUUAAUCUAUCAGUUAAUUAUUACUAGUA